GGUCGAACAGGUGUGCAUACCUAUGCAUUACAGGCCUUCUUGUCUUUUGUGUUUGUGUGUGCGUUUAAGUUUGGGUUUGCGUAUGUUUGUGUCUCGAGCACACGCCUCCGGCCCCAAUGUAACCGACGCGCGGCGCGUUCCAGUUCCGACUCGUGCAAACUAUCAUAUGAUAGGUCUGAGCCUGCUGCGGAACACACACUCACACUUGGAAGGACAAUUUAAGCAAGAGAUAUCUGUCACCUUUACUGUAAUGUGCGUGAACAAACACAGAAAUACCGAAAACCGGAGAUUCUAAUAACUGUUGAGGAGUUUUUUGCUUUGAGGUUUUUUUCAUCUCAGAUUUGUCUGGAGAAAAACACAAAGGUGCAUUUGCAAGUGAGUGUAGAGACGCAUAUAGUAAGAGUCGGAAUAACCAACCGUUUGAUAGCUUUUUUGUUUGUUUGUUUAUUUGUUCUCUAGCUCUGUCCUUGAACAGUUUCCGCAUGACUGCGGGACAGUCGGUCCAGAGUGGCGGCUGAUCAAUUCAUCUCGUUAGCGGAGGCAGAGUUGUCGCGGUUGGAAUCAUUGUUGGAGUGGGGAGCACGGACUGUCAAUAGAAACCGGCAGACUUUAAUUCGAUUUACUUUGACUUUAUUAUAACUGUUUUCAUAUAAAUACCACUUUUAAAGAAAUUGGUUUACAUUCAAGCCCAAGAAGUUGACUUUACUUUAGUGAACACUGUUUGCCAUGGUGGGUGAGAUGGAGUUAAGGGACCGACCCAAGGCCAGCCCGGACUACCUCAUGCAGCUCAUGAACGACAGGAAGGUGAUGAGCUCGCUGCCCAACUUCACUGGUAUCUUCACACACCUGGAGCGCCUACUGGAUGAAGAGAUCGGAAGAGUGCGCAAGGACAUGUACAAUGACACCAUGAAUGGGGGUGUCAGUGAGGGGCGGGACUCUGAAGAGCUGCCUGAUGCUAUUGGUCCAGUUGCUCAGCUGCAAGAGAAACUCUACGUGCCUGUCAAGGAGUACCCUGAUUUUAACUUUGUGGGGAGAAUCCUGGGUCCAAGGGGACUGACAGCCAAACAGCUGGAGGCAGAGACAGGCUGCAAGAUUAUGGUGCGAGGAAAAGGCUCCAUGAGGGACAAGAAGAAGGAGGAAUUGAACAGAGGGAAGCCCAACUGGGAGCAUCUAAGUGAAGACCUUCAUGUGUUAAUUACUGUUGAGGACACCCACAACCGAGCCCAGAUCAAACUGCAGCGAGCCACAGCGGAGGUCAACAAACUGCUCAUCCCUGCUGCUGAGGGAGAGGACAGUCUGAAAAAAAUGCAGUUGAUGGAGCUGGCCAUUCUCAAUGGAACCUACAGAGAUGCUAACAUCAAAACUGCUACUAUGGGCUUCUCUCUAGCCUCCCAUCAGGCCCCUCGCAUCAUUACUGGCCCAUCCCCCAUGCUGCCUUCCACUCUGAGAAACCCCACCCCCCUCAGCACGCCCACCAUCAUGCCACAUCUGAUUCGACAGAUCCAGAGCUCAGCUUUAAUGCAGGGAGCCAAUCCCCACGCAGCACUGAUGCAGCAAGCUCAAGAAUCAGGAAUUAUAUAUGCACCCUAUGAGUACCCCUACACACUCACCCCGUCAAUACUGGAAUACCCCAUUGACUCUACUGGAGUACUAGGUGCGAUGACUGCUAAGGUACGACGCCACGACAUGAGACUCCAUCCUUACCAAAGGGUAGUGACCCCAGACAGAGCUGCCACAGCAACUAAUCCAUGACCUCUGACCUUCUGACCUUUCCGCCCACUGAUGACCCAUCCACCUCACUUUGGCUCUCGGCUGCACCCGUGCCCCAGCCCAAUCCACCAGAGACCAGCACUGCGUGAACAACCUCUGUCUCUGCCUAACCAGCCAACCAGGGGACAUGAUAGGAAUCCCUUCAGAGGAUUCACCCAUGGCCACACCUCCUAACCAGGUGUCCCCGCCCACCCCAAGGCCAAAGUACUUCUACUUAGUUAGUGUCCUCUAACUCCUGCCAUGGUAUGAGUCCAAGUGAUGCAUUUAUAAAGAUAAUAAUGAAUCAAACACUGAGAGGAACCUACACGCUCAGGAACAACACCCCAGUCCUCUCACAGUGCAGUAAAUGAGGAGACAUGUUCUUUCGUCAUCAUGUUGCCUUUGUAUCACCAUAGCGUUUUAUAAAUCUGAUGAACAAAUAUGCCUUUAAUUAUACAAUAUGAGAAAGAUGUUACAAAUCAGGACAACAUUCCUGGCAUUGUAUUCCUAAUGAAAUACAAAGUGUCUCAAUCAAGUAUUUAAGAUAAAUCAGGCCUAGCUUGUCUAAAGAGUAUUCCCAUAAUCCUGUGUGUCAUAUAUAAAUAUUAUUUAUAAAAACAUCUUGGAGCACAAUUGUACUGAACCUGUAUUUGGGUACUAAGGCCCUAGCUAUGCAUUGCUAUUGGUAGGUUCCUUUUUGGCUACCGUGUCUGUGGUAGUCUUCUACCAAUACGACAGGGCCAUCAUAUCAGUGUUAACAUUUGUGUUUGUUACUUUGUUUUUGUUUUUUGGAAGAGUGGAAGGUAGAUUUGUGUUUACUUGUGAGUGUGCAUAGGCUUUCACGUGAACUGUGUCUGUUGCAUUUUGCCUCGGAUCAACUUGUAUUCCACUCAGUGCCUUGUACUUCAACCAGUGCCUUCAAGAGAAUACAAUAAUAUAUUCAUUUUUAACAUCUGUAACAAGGUUAUAAUAUAUUUUUCUAUUAUAUUUUGUAAGUGAAAAAUAACAUUAAAUGACAAUGUCAGAUAAGAAAAGUAUGCCUUAUCAUGGAUUAUAAUUUCAAAUUUUCAGCUAUAAUAAUGAAAACUUUAAGCAGCUUCAUCACAUACUGGUGUGCCAAAUGUUUGUUAAGUCCUGAUGUAGUGAACAUUUUUUCCAGGAUCUUUGGUUGGUCUCUGUUGCUUACCUUAUGUGCCUUUUAUAUAUAUAUGUGACUUUUAAUGGUGUAGUAUCACUAUUAUUCUCCAGUGCCAAGUAUUACUAACUGACCAACCCAGCGAUCUUUAACAGCUUAACUGAUAUCUGUCUCUGCUUGGAUUUCCUUUAGAAAAACACCAGCUGUCUGGAAAUAAAAUGUGUUCAACAUUGAAUGUUUAACUUUUCAAACAUUAUUUGGAAAAAGAAUAACUCAUUGUACUGGAAACAGCAAACUAUUAAACUAUU